AGUGGAUGUGAACCAAGCCCAGGCGAAGACAGGGUGAAAUACUGGUUGGAGAACAUUUUAUAUGCCUUUUCGGAUUAAUUUUUAUCUCGCAUUUGCUUCAUGUGGGGUUAGAAUAUUCAUUUUGUAACCCAGUCAUCCUGAGCGCGCCCGUACUUGUGCGCACCGCGCCUAUCUUGAAUUAGACUUUUUUCUCUGUUGGUGGCGAAGUUUAAAACCAGGUGAAUGUAUAGCAUGAUGAUGGAAACCGACCUUCAUUCCCCCGGCCCCCAAACGAACACGACCACGGGGCAAACGGGGCCGAAUAGCGGGUCCAAAGCGAAUCAGGAACGCGUGAAGAGACCGAUGAACGCGUUCAUGGUGUGGUCCCGUGGGCAGCGGAGAAAGAUGGCACAGGAGAACCCCAAAAUGCACAACUCUGAGAUCAGCAAGCGGCUGGGCGCCGAGUGGAAGGUGAUGUCCGAGGCUGAGAAGCGUCCUUUCAUCGACGAGGCGAAACGGUUGCGAGCCAUGCACAUGAAGGAGCAUCCGGAUUACAAGUACCGGCCAAGACGGAAGACCAAGACGUUGCUGAAAAAGGACAAAUAUUCCCUUGCCGGUGGACUGCUUUCUGGGCCCAGUGGUGGCGGUGGAGUUGGUUUAGGGGUCGGCAUGAGUUCAUCCGGGGUCGGGCAGAGGUUAGAAAGCCCCGGGGGUCACGGAGGCUCGGCCAGCUCCGGCUACGCGCACAUGAACGGCUGGGCGAACGGUGCGUACUCGGGGCAGGUGGCUGCAGCCGCGGCAGCAGCGGCGAUGAUGCAGGAGGCUCAGCUAGCCUACAGCCAGCACCCGGGGAGCGGAGCGCACCACCACCACCACUCACACCACCAUCACUCACACAACCCCCAGCCCAUGCACCGCUAUGACAUGACAGCCCUGCAGUACAGCCCCAUCUCGAACUCUCAGAGCUACAUGAACGCUUCUCCAUCCGGCUACGGCGGGAUCACCUACACACAACACCAGGGCUCCGGCGUCUCCUCCUCAGCUGCCAUGGGGACGUUAGGGUCGCUGGUGAAGUCGGAGCCGAGUAUUUCUCCGUUGUUGGAAUAGCAUCUGCACUGGAACUUUUUGAAAAGAGCAAAGUCAUGGCUACCAACAGUGGACAUGGAUCACUGUGGGCGGACUGCGAUUACCAGAUAGCACCUCGUCUCCUCUACUGGCAAGCCAUCAUUGCAUCGAGCACCAGGAGAUGGGUGCUGUGGGCAAAAUAGACCUUUUGGAAAAUGUCAGCAAGAGUCAGUGCUCCAAUAUUUCCUCCAUUAACUCUUUCCCCUGUGAUGCUACCUAAUCUUAACCUCUAAAUUACAAAAAAAAAAAAACCUUUUUCAGUGUCUGAUUUCAAAGCAUGUGGAUUUUUUUUUCUCUUAAGCGACUUACCUGAAGAUUGGACGUAACAAAUAAGAUAAAUAAAUAACCCCACCCUAUAUUUUAUCAAUUUUGGCAAAAAAAUAAACACACAAACACACACAAAAAAAAAUCUGCAGUGCCUGCAACAGCUCUCCUUCCCCAGUCCCUUUCAAUGGAGCCAGCUUCACUGUCUUAAUACUCUUAGUCCCUCAGUUGGCAUGUUUUCCAAUAACCCGCUGCAUUUUCAGAUUUGUGAAAUCCGUCAAAAUGCCUGUAAUGAAUAUUUCUCCAGCUUUGAGUGUAUUUAAUGUGCUGUUUGACCAGCCCGGUAGGAAACGUGUAAAGAUCUGGCGGUAGGUCCAGAGAUUCAGUUGAAGCUUUAGCAUCCGUCCCUGUUCGGCCACGGCCCUCAGUGCAGCGUGGAAAAAGUGUGAAACAGGUCAUUUUCAUUUGAACACAAACCUCUGGCAGACUGUCAGAGAAUAAACAUUUAUUGUUUGGAUAUGCUGUUAGCUUUCUAAUUAACAUAUUUCCUGUGCAUGAGUGUACAUGUCAUGUAAAUUUCUAUUUUCACUUCUUUCAAAAAAAAAAAAAGAAAAAAAGGAACUAUGUUUUUUUUUUUGAUGGAUUAAAUGUCAUCUUGUAAGACAGGUCUUUGUUAUGCACUCAACACUUACAUUUUACGGUUUGUUUUUCUGUUGACUUACAUAGUGUUUGCUGGAGAAUUUAAAAAAAAAAUAAAAUAAGAGCGAACACAU